AGCCAUUUCGCGUCCGAGCGGCCUCCCCUGCACCGGGCCUCCUGGACGAUGCGGCGCGCCAACUUCGAAGUGGCAUUGCGCGCCUGAGCCGUAAAGAAGAAAUGCUGAGGCCAGGCCUCAGUCAAGAAGCAGCGCGGAGCCCAACGUCAUCAGCUGCAACGCUGAGACCAGACGAGCGCGCAGCCGCCAGGAAGCCCGCCCCCCUCCGCCCCCUCCUCCGCUCCUUCCUCCCCCUCCUCCACCUCCUGGCAAACCGGGGCGCCAACAGUUGCGGCGCCGCGGUCAGAGUGCAGGCAAUCCGUCGAGAAGACGAAGGACGAGCCCGACGUCAGCAGCUACAGCGCUGCGAGAAGCGGGAGGCGAAGGUAGAGCCCGACGUGACCAGUUACAGUGCUGGGAUCGAGGGAAAAGCGAGCACAAACGGAUGUGCCACGAUUAGCUACAACGCUUGGAGCAGUCCGUGCGAGAAGGGUUCGCGCAGUGGCAGCACACGCUGGCGCUGCAAAGCGUGCGGGUGGGCUACGAUCAGCUACAGCGCUGGGAGCGACCCGUGCGAGAAGGGGGGCAAGCAGUGGCAGCGGACGCUGGCGCUGCGAGAAAACGGUUGCGAGAAGGGGGAGCUGAAGUUAGAGCCCGAUGGCCUUGGCCCUCAUCCUCCCCCUGGAAGGCUGCGAGAAAGCAAGCAGUGGCAGCCAGAGCUGGCGCUGCGAGAGGGACGAAGGCGCGGGUGGGCCACGAUCAGAUACAACGCUGGGAGCAAUCCGUGCGAGAAAAGGAGCGCGCAGUGGCAGCGGACGCUGGCGCUGUGCAAAGUGCGCGGGUGGGCCACGAUCAGCGGCAACGCUGGGAGUCGUCCGUGCGAGAAGGAGGGCCUGCGAGAAGCGGGGAGCAGCUGGAGCCCGAGUGUCUCCUCUAGCUAACGCCUCUGGGAACAGUGCGCGAGAGAACAGCGAGCAAUGUUCUGCCGCGGCGCAGGGGGGCGCCAUCCUGCGAGACGUGGGAGGCGAAGGCAGAGCCCGACGUCGUCAGCUACAGCGUUGGGAUCUGGGCAAGCCGCUGCGAGAAGAGAGGAAGGAAAGCUGGAGCCGCACGCCAUCUAGCUAACACCUCUGGGAACAGUGGGUGCGAGAAGAGCGCCAUCCUGCGAGAAGUGGGGGGCGAAGGCAGAGCCCGACGUCGCCAGCUACAGCGUUGGGAUCGGGGCAAGUCGCUGCGAAAAGAGGGAGGCAAAGCUGGAGCCAAACGUCACCUUCCUAGCCACCACAGCGUGCUGGGAGAAGCGGGAGGCAAAGUUGGAGCCCGACUCUAUCUAGUGCAUGGGCCAACGAACGGGCCCUGGGCGAAAGGGCAGGGCACGGACGAGCUACCCUCAGUUACAGUGCAGAGAUCAGCCCGUUGUGCGAGAGCAGGAGUGGAGGAUACCCACUCGUGCGAAAAGGGGAAAGCAAGCAGGCAGUGGCAGCGGGGCUGCCCAAGCGUGCGUGCGAGAAGCAGGCAGUGGUAGCGUGCUGCCACGGCGUGCGAGCUCUGGGCCAGCGACUCGCGAGAAGCGGGCGGCGAGGCUGGAGAAAAAAAUAGUCUCGAGCGAGUUCAUUUUAGCUACAACGCUGCAGUGGGGGCUUGUGCGAGAAGGCGAAGGGAGUGGAGAAAUCUGCUUCCCCCAGGCUGUCUGGUUGGCGCGGGGGCGGCCCGCCGCGGCCAGGCGGCCCACGGCGCGAAAGCGUAGGCGGUCGUGAUCCGUUUUGGCCCGCACUUAUCCGCACUUAUCCUCUGUGUGUGUGUGUGUUUGUUUGUGUGGCCUUGGGUUCCUUCCGCCUGCUGCGUGCAGCCGGCCUCGGCCACCGCCGCGGGGCGCCUUCCUCGCCGCGCGGGCGCCCGCGGCGCCGGGAGCCGCCGGGGAGCUCGGCUGCGCGAG